GUUGUCGGGACCUGCCUGUCAACAACACCGCAACCUGAGACAGGAUAGCAGCCUCUUGGCUAGCAAAGUGAACCUGCUAAGUAGCUAGAAAAGAAAAAAAACCCGAAAAAAAUAAAUUGUUACGAUUUGAAUUUACCCCACUAACUUCUGCAGCAAUGUAGCCUAUUUGUAAAGAUAUUUGGACUCGGCAAGAUGAAGAAAGGACUUUGUUAGGCUGCUUCAACAUCUUCCUCCUGUGUGAUAUGACAUCACUCCUGCCUUACGACAAAAGGCAGAGAUCUACAGCAUACGCGUGACAUCUGCUCAGGUGUUGUUGAAGAGGAUGGCUGCACAGGUGGAGGUACACAGUGGGGAGGCUGGAAGGACAAUGACAGGAGGAAGACUUCACUUGAGUCCCCUGACCAACUCAAGCAACACAAGUCCAUCAAUCAAUCAGUCGCAUAUCAUCACUCCUGAACCCAAAAAACCUGUCCCUGGGCCCAAGCCACGGUUGACUCCAAAACCGUUUGCUGUGGAGAAUAAAAACAGUAUUAAGCCUAUACUUGCCCCAAAGCCGCAAACCAAACCCAGACCAGAAUCCACUAACACCACUGGAUACAAACCAGAGCUUCCCAACAGUCCAAAACCACAGCAACCAGUUGCCAUUGUUAAGCCAAGGCCUGUGUCAAUCAACUCCAGUCGUCCUGCCUCAACCUCAUUUAGAACAUCUACUAAGGUGAAUACUGGGCAAACAACCAAGCCUGUCCAUCCAUUUAAACCAGCCCCUCCUUUUGACUCUGUAGAUGCCAACAAAUCAAUGCCUCCAUUGCCAGCAGAGAGACAGAAACCUAAGAACCAGAUGACACCCAUGCAGGGAGGGGCAUCCAUUGCCAGAGCCAAGUCAUUGGGGUUUCUUAAUCAGAUUGAGAAAGAGGAUGAACAAAAUAAAUCUCUGACAGUUGUCCCACCCCGACCCAAACCCCGAGGUUCCAGGCCCAGACCUGUAUCUGCUAUUUUUCUUAACAAUCCAGAGUUACCAGUUCCUGCUCCACGCUUGGCUGGGGGAAACCCUCUUUCAUCUGAUCUUACAUACAAGUUUGAAUCUAUUGGUCUGUCAUUGCACCGUAAAGCGACCAAAGCAGACGUUAAGGAAUGCACUCCAAAAGAUAUAUCACUUUCACAAAAAACCCAGAAGGAGAAAAUCAGUACCUUGGGACAGAGCACUGAUGUUGAAGGUAAACAAUCGACCUCAGACGAGCAGAGCAACAACAUUGCAGAAGAAAUGAUCGUUAAAGAGACUGAGGAUCAGCGAGGGGUUAGCAUCAAGUCACGAAUUCAUCUCCUGCUUGAUUCCUCCUCUGCUCCUGAGACGGUGUCUUCUCGUCAGAUAUCAGAUAUUCUCUCUCCAGAGCAGACACUCUCUGAAAGUGAACCACAAGUGGGGGUUAAACAGCUCAUCAAGCAGCUUACAGAGGAUACAACUCCAACCCAGAGUCCCGUCAUGAAACCUGCAAUGAAGCCCCGCCACCUGCCCACUGAUUUCACUAAAAAGUUUUCAUCCGAGAGAUUGUCUGACUUUGGCAAUGUUUCACUCAGUGACCCUACAGAAUAUCAUGAGAUCAGCAAAGAUCCUCAAAGGAGGAUCGACGCAGUCAACCCCACUGACCAGAUGGGUGUGGAUUUCCAAGAUCAGCUCAAAAAGAUCAACUCAAUUACAGAAAGUACAGAGGCAGAACAGGCGUCAAGUGCUACCAGCAAUCAAAGUGGUCCUACUGUUGAAAUGCAGACAGUACGAGCAUCCUUAUUUGAUAAUAUUGUGGAGAGAUCUAGUGUGACAAAUGGCGCUGACUUAUUGAGUAACCCACCUUUACGAGUAGGAAGCAAAAAGGAUAAAGGAACUUUGGUGACUGCCAUGUAUAAAGAUUAUAUUUCUCCAAGUAUCCUGCGAGUGAACCACACCAUGGACACAGUGCAAGGAAUGGGAGAGAACAGGGCAGUGAGUGAGAGCAUUCCAUCUGCUCAGUGGGAAGAUAAAGCCAUGACCUUAAACUCCAGACACUCAGAAGGGAACAGGACAAUGAUGGAAACAACUAGUUUAAUAAAAGGUGAACCAGCUUCAGCAAUGGCAAUAGAGCAACAACCUCGAUACUUGCGAAUAGGAUCCUUGCAGAAAUGGCCUACUGCAGGUGUGGCUCAAGAAGCCGGUGUGCAAAAUGCCACGCUAAACCACUCACAAAGGGAAAAAGAAAUGGAUUUGAAUAAAGAUAAAGACAGACAGAAAGAAGCAGACCACGAGGAAAUACCUGGAGCUCCUAAACGCAUGAAAACACUGCAGAUAGAUGAAAAGCCAAAACCCAAGGCAACCUAUUUUGCUUUGACCGGACAAAUACAGGAGUCGGUGUCUUCUUUAGAUACUGGAUCUGACAUUAUAGAUUCAGCAGUGCCUUCUGGUGAUUUUGCAGUAGGUUCUGGACAGGUAACCUCUCAAGGUAAGGUAGCUGAAAUUAAGAGGAAUCUGUCAAUAAAUGAAACAUCUGGAGAAAAAAAACAAGGUAAAUAUGAGGACGUAAGGAGAAUGAGCCACAUUUCACCCAGGCAGGUGGUAUCAGUGCUGGAUAUGCCGACAGCAGAUAUAAAGAUGGGAGUAGUAAAAAGCGCACAAACAAAGGAGGAUGAAAGGCAAAAUGGCAAAAUGAAAGUUAUUGAUGGGGACAAACAGCGACAAAUGGAAAUUGAGAAACAAGCCCUUUUACAGUUUUCACAGAUGAAGGAAAGGGAGAUGCAAAGAGAAUUUGAAAGACGUAAAGCAUUUGAAAGGGAGAAACAAAAACAGAGAGAGCUUCAAACACACAGUCUGCAAGAAUCGGAGUUGGGACAGCAGAAAGACAUGGGAAAACAAAGGCAGUUGUAUUUCAAGCAAGAAAAGGCAAAUCAGCAAGAACAAGAGAUGCAGAGUAGGCAGGAAGUAGAGAGGCAAAGAGAGCUAGAGAGGCAAAGAGAGUUUGAAAAGCAGAGACAGAAAGAAAUGCACAGGCAGAGGGAACAAGAAAAGGAGAGAAAACAAAAACUACAAAGGCAAAGAGAGCAGGAACUGGAGAGGCAACAAGAAUUAAUGAGGCAAAAAGAGCAGGAAAUGGAAAGACCGCUAGAACAGAUGAGCAUAAGGGAGCAGGAAAAGGAGAAACUACGAGAACUUCAAAGGCAGCAAGAACUGAUGAGGCUGAGGGAGCAGGAAAUUGAGAGGCAACAAGAACAGGUGAGGCUGAAGGAGCAGGAAAAGGAAAUACAGCAAGAAUUGAGGAGGUUGAGGGAGCAGGAAAAGGAGAGAUGGCAACAAUUUGAGAGGCAGCAAGAACUGAUGAGGCUGAGUGAGCAGGAAGAAGAGCGACAGCGAGAAGUUGAGAGACAGCAGGAACUAAUGAGGCUGAGGGAGCAGGAAGAGGAGAAACUACGAGAACUUCAAAGGCAGCAGGGACAGAUGAGGCUGAGGGAGCAGGAAAUUGAGAGGCAUCGAGAACAGGUGAGGCUGAAGGAGCAGGAAAAGGAAACACAGCAAGAAUUGAGGAGGUUGAGGGAGCAGGAAAAGGAGAGACGGCAACAAUUUGGGAGGCAGCAAGAACUGAUGAGGCUGAGUGAGCAGGAAGAGGAGCAACAGCGAGAAGUUGAGAGACAGCAGGAACUAAUGAGGCUGAGGGAGCAGGAAGAGGAGAGACGGCAACAAUUUGAGAGGCAGCAAGAACUGAUGAGGCUGAGUGAGCAGGAAGAGGAGCGGCAGCGAGAAGUUGAGAGACAGCAGGAACUAAUGAGGCUGAGGGAGCAGGAAGAGGAGCAGCAGCGAGAAGUUGAGAGACAGCAGGAACUAAUGAGGCUGAGGGAGCAGGAAGAGGAGCGGCAGCAAGAAGAGAUGAGAGGGAGGGAGCAGGAAAUGGACAAAAAGCGAGAACUUGAGUGGCAGAGAGAGUAUGAAAAGGAGAAACGACGAGAACUUGAGAGGCACGCAGAACAACUGAGGCAAAGGGAGCAGGAAAUUGAGAGACAGCGAGAAGUUGAAAGACAGAACACACAGAUGAAGCUGAGGGAGCAAGAAAAGGAGAGGAAGCAAGAACAGGUGAGGCUGAGGGAGCAGGAAAUGGAGAGACAUCGAGAACUUGAGAGGCAGAAAGAGCAUGAAAAGGAGAGACGACAAGAAUUUGAGAGACCGCAAGAACAAUUGAGGCAAAGGGAGCAAGAAAUGGACCAACAGCAAGAACUCGAGCGUCAGCAAGAACAUGUGAGGUUGAGGGAGCAGGAACUGGAGAAACGGCAAGAACUUGAGAGACGGCAAGAAAAGGGGAGAUUGAGGGAGCAGGAAAUGGAGAGACGGCGAGAACUUAAGAGGCAGCAAGAACUACUGCGGCAAAGGGAGCAAGAAAUGGAGAGAGAGCGAGAAGUUUCGAUGCAGCAAGAAUUGGAGAGACGAGAACCUGCGCGACAGCAAGAAAGGGUUAGGCUGGGGGAGCAAGAAAUGGAGAGACAGCAAGAAUUUAAGAGGCAACAAGAACAAGUGAGGCAAAAAGAACAAGAAAUGGAGAGAAUGCGAGAACUUGAGCAACAACAAGAACAGGUGAGGCUGAGGGAGCAGGAAAAGGAGCGACAGUGGGGAGUUCAUAUGCAGCAAGAACUGGAACAAGAGAGGCAGCGUGAAUGGGAAAGACAAAGACAGAGAGAAGAAGAGAGGCAGUCAGCGCUAGAUAGGGAGACACUUCUUUUGGAAAUGCAAAGGAACAAGAGAAUGGAGGAACUGGAGAGAGGUAAAGAGAGAGAGGAAGGAAGGCUCUCCCACCAAAACCUGAAGCAGAAAGAAAAUGAGAGGUAUCAUUUUAUUGAGCUUGAGAAGCAGUGGUUCAGAGAGAACACUGAGAAAACAAGACAAAUGGCGUUAGAACAGGAAAUGCUAAGACUGAAAGGGAUUGAUAAGGAAUGGGAAAAACAAAGACAAAUGGAGAGGGAGUGUGAGGAAGACAUUGAGAGGGAAAAGCUUAAAGAGCUGGACAGACUGAGAGACUUGCAAAGGGGAAAACAACUCCACGCUGAGAAACAGUACCAAAGGCUAAUACAACAGGCCCCGCAGAAUGAAAGGCUUAGAUGGGAGGCAGAGAGAGAGAAGAUGGAAAAGGCUGAGGCAGAGAAAAUGAGACAGAUUGCCAGACUUCAAGAAGCAGAGAGACACAGACUAAAGGAGAAACACAGCAAAGAGGAACAUGAGAGAAUAAGGCUGGAUCAGUCCCCUUUGAGGCCCAAAGUGGUAGAUGUAGACUCUUUGCUCAGAGCUGCCACCUCUCAACACAUUGACCCUUCACUAAGAUGGAAGGAGCCCUCUCCCAGAGCUGAAGAGCCAUACAAACCUUCCAUUCUUGAUGUGGACUCUUUUAUAUCUCAAUCUCAGCCAUACUCCAAUCAAGAUCUACUGUCUGUUGCCAGUAUUCAAGAAGUAGACUCCAACUUUGGUACUAUAUUACACCCUGCACCUGAAAGAGAUAUUACGUGGAAGGCACCCCCACAGACUUCAGUUGACUUCACAAGUCCAGUGUGGACGCUAUCCACCCAUGGCCCACGGGAGCUACAGCCAACUGAGGUGGCUUACAACAAAUCCCUUCAUGAGCCCAGAAAACACACAACCAAAGUCAGCCCAGACCAACUGCUUUUUAGGCAGGACGGACAAUCCCCGGCCUCACAGCGCCACUGGCGCCGUAGGCAAGGUGAGCCACUUUACUUGGACCCUUUUGUCCAAAGAGAGGCAACAACCGGAGUCUCUGGCAGUACUCCUGUUGAUCAGGUCUGGUUACCCAGAGAACUAAAAUCCCAAGACAACCAGGAAGAGGUCUGGAACCACAGGAGAUCCCAGGGAUCCCAGGAACUGAACAGGAUGCGGUCUCGCAGUAUGUCACGUAGAUCAGCCCCCUCUGGUGUUGCUCUUGAGAAAAGUCUUUUUAGAAUAAGGAGUCGUAGCGCUCACAGAGAACAGGAUCACCAAACCUGGGAGCAACAGAAGCAAGAUGUCAGUGGUGAGGAUAAGAGGAAGGACUCUGCAACACCAGUGGGUGAGACAGAUAGUCAGUAUGGGACUUGGGAGACAGGACUACGCACUGAUGAUAGCUCAGAAAGUAACCUCAGCCCUUCGCCAAGGAAAACAGCUCCUUCACACCCGCAAGGAGAACACGACAUCUUUGAUGGCCCGCAUCCACCCUCUAAAUCUGAGAACCAGCCGCUCUUGUUCCCCGAUGCCCCAACCACUCUCUUAGACACCGGUGUCCUCCGGUCCAGAGUCCAGCUGGGAAAGAAGCGCGCUCCCAGGACGCGGCCCUCCAGAGCUGCCCGUCAAAACACUACCCAAGCUGAGGCAGAAGUGCCCACCUCUGAGGAAUGGCUCUACCGAGACUCAACAGAGGAAAAGGUUGAGCGUAAAAUGGAUGAAGUCGACUCUGAGGAGCAGGCCACAGGAGCAGAUGCUGCCGGUGCUUUUGCUUCUCAGCCACAAAGGAUUGCCCUGUUCCCUGGGGUGGACUCUCUAGCUUUAAAGGUCCAGUUGAAGAAGAGGAGCGACUCUGACAAUCAAACUGAUGCGCCGUCUCCUUCCCUUGCCUCACGCUCCCCUAAAUCGCCCUUCCUGCCUCGGGCUGCUCGUGUACUUCUGCCUGCUAGUGGGAAAGAAAAUGGUGAGGAGGAAUCACCCCAGUGGUUGAAAGAGCUCAAGUCCAAGAAGCGCUUGAGUCAAUAUGAGAAUGAAAGCUAAGUAAAAAAAAAGUUGCCUUGUGAAACGGAUCUAUAAGAAACAGAGGCCUUAACGUUCGACUCGGAGAGAUGGAGGGGAAGUCUGCUGCUGAGGAUGUUUUUCUUCUUUUGGUUCUCUGUCUGGGUUGAUCAUCCUGCAUGGUGCCUUUUUAUAGAGAAUAUUUGCAAAAAUAUAAACAAGAUGGGGGCACAUGAAAAAUAACACCAAAAAAAUGCACCCAGCUGCUCUGCUUAUAUUUCCCUUUCCUUUACACAUGUGGCCUCCUCUACUCAGAGAGUGAAACUUUGUGAAAACUUCAGUAGGGACCAGAGUAGUUUUGGGAGAGGGGGAUGAGUAAUUUCCUGUCAGGCUACAUGUCAAGAAAUGGUUAACUUGAGGGACCACUGCACAAUUCACCGCAUGCUGGAGAGCCAUCCGGGACAAUACAAGAUUUAUAUUUGGUUCCUAUACUUGUCUAAUACGUACAAAUCAGUGGUUGUCUAUAUGUUGUCUUUGUGUCAUCAGUCAUUGAUCGGAUGUCACACAAGCAUUGCCAUGGGACAAUAUUUCAGAUACUAAUGGUUCCUUGUUGAACUUUAAAAGCUGCUUACCACAUUAUUAGAUGGAAUGUAUAUCAUGUAAGUAAUCAUGAGAUGUUAUAUUUGUAUGUUUUACUAUGACAGAGAGAGUUUUUAGGAGAAAAUAAGUUGUUUCAUUACAAUAGAGGCUCCAAUGCCUUGCUUUGAUAUGCUCCUCAAUGUUAGUGUCACGUUUUUGUUUAAAUAUAUUUUUUCUUUGUGGGAGAGAGAUGGGAGGCAUCAUGAACACUCCUUAACAGCACAAAUACUUUUUUUCAGUUUUAUAUGAAAACACUAAUCAUGUUCCUUCCCUCUUGAUAAAUUGCAAGCAUCCAUCAAAAGCCAUAGAGCACCUAACUAUUGUCACACACUCCUCAACGCUCUGACAAUGUAUGUUCCUUCAAUCGUGUGCGCACAAUUUUUACCAUCAGGCUUUGCUCAAAGCGACCAGCCUAGAGACACAAGAAGUUAGAUCACACAACUCAAGGAGUGGGAUACUUUGUCUGCUCCAUUCUUUCUGGGCAAAACAUUUAUGGCUCCAUACAUUUAGCUGUAAUUUUCCACGUAUUGUUGCCAUUGACUCAUUCACAUCUCUAAAGCACUUCGUCACUUGAUGCACGGCAGCACUGACCUCAUUGGUCAUGUGGAUCAAGUCUUUUGGUUGAUUGUCCCUGUUUUUGUUUUUUUUGUUUUUUUUGGGGGGGGGGGUUAUGUACAUGAUGUUUAACAUGAAUUUGGGAUUUCUUUUAUAUGUCGUGAUCUCUUUUUUUUUUUUUUUUUUUUUUAUUUGAAAGUACUGAUGGAUAAUAUACUGUGUUGUUCUGGCCAGUGUCCUCAAGUAAAUCAAUUCAUAAUAAUAAAAAAUAAAAAACUCUAUACUUGA